AUGUGGUGGACACCCGCGACUCAGCCUCAGCCGUUCACCAACUUACCGCCACCAUCCUCGGACGAGAUCGAUGCCAUAGUUGCCGUCGCGAAAGGCUUUCUUGCUGCGCUGAAUACGAAAUCCCUAGUCGAGUUCGAUAAGUACUGCGUUCGAGCAGGAGGGAUGGCUCUCUGCCCACCGCCCCCUACGCUUCCUCGAUUCUGUACUAUUGGCGCGUUUGCAGAGCAGAUUGCCAGGGUGACGGAUGAAAUCGACGAACGCAUCUGGGAUCUGGAAGUUAAGGCAUAUGGAUUCGGUAACCUAGCCGCCGUGUGGGCACCAUUCAGGGCGAAGAUAAAUGGGAUCGUGGACCAUGUGGGAGUCGAGCUGUUUGUUCUCCAUAAGUUGAAUGGUGAAUGGAAGGUGACGGGUCUGGCUGACUCAUGUAGACUGCCAACGGAGGAAGAGAAACAAUUACUUGUCUGA